AUGGAUAUGAUUGCAGAUGGAGUGUGGAAUAUACAACUGAAAAGAAACCUUACUCAGCAGGAGAUUCCACAGAUGAUGGAAUUAUUCUCUGUUCAAGGAACCCCUCCAAUCCUAAAUGAUGAGGAAGAAGAUGAACUUCAAUACAAUGCUACUGGAGGAUUCUCAGUCAAAUUAUGCUACAACUGGUUAAUACAACAACUGCCUGCAACUCUUAAUGAAAUUCCUCAUUCCUGCAUCUGGAUACAAUUUGUGCCUCAAAAAAACCAGUUUUUCAUGUGGCAAGCUGCACAAAAUGCCAUUCCCACAUUGGACAAUCUCUUGAGAAGAGGAUGUGAAAUUCAACAAUCAACAUGUGCUCUCUGCUCUCUUGCCCCUGAAUCUGUGGAUCACUUACUCUUACAUUGUGAUAUCUCACACAAGGUAUGGUCAUACUUUAUUGGAGGUUAUAACAUCAGAUGGGUGCAAGGUGGUUCAGUCUCCUCACAAUUACAAGCAUGGAAAUUCAGGAGAGGUAGAAACACGGAAAGAAAAAUAUGGCCACUGAUUAUCUUUGCAAUUAGCUGGACUCUUUGGGAUGAAAGAAAUCGCAGAGUAAUGGCUCAUAAAAGACCAAAAGAGGCUGAAGAGAUCAUCAGUGAUGUCAAGUAUUUGAUUUACAUAUGGGGAAGUCAUCAAAAAUGGUUUUCUGGUCUUUCUUUUAGAGAAUUGAUCACUCACUGGAAAACGAUUAUAGAUUCAGGAUAA